AUGAAAUCUAACGGAACUUGUGACGAAAUUUGCAAUACUCCAGAAUGCGAUUAUGAUGGAGGCGACUGCGGCAACUGCGCUAGUGGAUGUUGAGAAUCUAUGCUUGGAGAUGGGCACUGCGAUGCUCCUUGCAAUGUAAGUAGCUGCUCUUAUGAUAAUUACGAUUGUGGAUGUGCUAAUGGGUGUACAAAAGAAAGUUAUGGACAAUGCAAAGAUGCAUGCAUGACUGCUUAUUGUAAAUAUGACACAAUAAAUGAAAAUUCUAGCUCCCUUCUAGACAAAAAAAAAUAUUUGACCGCUAACAAAGGGGGUUAAUUUUUUUCAAAUUAUCUAUAGUAAUUUUUCCCCAAAAUCCGAUUCACAAAAGCAAUUUAAUUUUUUAAAUUUAUGUAUGCAAAUUGUUUUAAAAUUUAGCAAAAUUAGAUAGAGAUUUAAUUAGAAUAAUUAUCACUUAUGUAUAUUAAUUAUUUUUUAUAAUAAUUUUAUAUUUUUUUUUGUUUUCGCUGCAAAAGGUGGGGGUUUUUGCCAAAAAAUAAGCAUUUUUUCAAUAGUUUUAUUUACGCAUGGAGGGGGAUAAAUGCCAAGACCAAAAUUUGAGUUUAUUUUCUUUACAUUAUACGCUUAUUAAUAAAAACAUUACUUUAAAUGCGAGUGUGCAAAACUGCACAAGCAUUACAAACUGUACUUCCAGCGAAGCCCUUGACACAGAAAACUGCUAUGAUACUUGCAAUAGCCAAAACUGCAUCUAUUCUUGAAAUCAGUGCUCUGCCAAUACUUGUGCAGAUUCCAACUGCUUAUCUUGCUAUUCUAAAGCUGUUGGGAGUUGCUUUAAGUGCAAAUCUAAUAUGAAUCAAUUUUAUGGGUACUGUCUUAGUUAUUGUCCUGCUGGAUACGAAUCUAUUCAGUUGUUUGAAAGCUAUAAGAUUUGCUCCAUAAUCCCAGACCGUUCAACCAAGAAGAAUCCUGCAAUAUAUUAUGUGACUUCAGUGCUGAACAACGUUACCAAUGGAGGAAACGGAACUUAUUCAAACCCAUUCACAACUCUUUCUAUAGCUUUAGCCUCAAUAUAUACAAAAUAUUCAAUUAUUUAUCUAUUGGAUGACGGACAGCAUUAUUUGUAUUGCAUUGGCGCAGUUAAUCCCCUGCUAACUUUGCUUCCUGAUAGCUGCAACCCUUUAAUUAGAAAUUUCAAUCUAACUGAGCUUCUUAUUGCUCCAUAUAGCAAUUCCUCAAUUGUUUUAAAAACAAAGCCAGGUUUUAAAAUCCUGACAUUUACAGUAACAAAUACUACAACUUUAACACUAAAAAACAUUAGUUUUAGCGGAAAGGAGAUCUUAUCUACCUGUCCACCAGACAACCAAUAUUGCACAUACUGUGCCAACAUAACUUUGGGAACUGAUGGAAAUUAUUAUAGCGAUCAAGGCACAAAAGUUACUACUUUUUUGACCUCAGCAACUUGUGCUACUUUUCACACAAAAAAUUUAUUUUAUUUAUACUUAGGUGCCCAAUUAUAUUUAGAAAAUGUGAACAUAUCUAACUGGAGGAUGGAAUUUAACUCUAUAAUAUCUAGCUUCGGAGGAAACGUGACUCUCAAUAAGGUGAAUUUUGAUAACAUUCGGUGCAUGUAUGGAAGUUCAAAUAGUUAUCAGAAGAAAUACUCAGUGAUAUAUUUCCAGGACUGUGGAGACCCAAACUAUAACUGUGGAAGCUUUAGCUAUACAAGCGGCGUUAUUACAAGAAUUAACAAUGGCUAUGAAUAUGGAUAUGCUACGUUUUCGGCAUUUUUCACUGCUGAUAGAAUAAGAAAGGCAAGUUUUAAAAAUUUGAAUUUUACCAAUAAUAUUGCUUAUUUUCUAUCGACUUCCAAGGACAGCUACAGCAAUGCAUAUAACUCAAACCCUUUAAUCAAGUUAACGAUAUUUCGAAUUUUAGAAGUUAGCAAUUGCAUCUUUCUUAAUAACGCUGCGAAUUCAAGCCUUAUUUACCUGUAUCCAAGAUACCUUACUCUCUCCUUUUAAGGGAUUCAUUUUUACUUUAAAAAAAUUAUAAUAAAUUAUACAUAAAAAGAUUUUUUGGUUUCAAAAUAUCCUAUUUACAAAUAUUUAAAGAAAGAUCUAAUUAAUUUUAUAAAAUUUAUAUCAAGAAUGCAGGAAUUUACAGUAAAUGAUUAAUUAUAUGUAAAAUAUUUAUAUUAAAAAUAUUUUUCUCAGUUUAGUAAAGAUUAAUUUUUACAAAAAAUAUGCAUUUUUCAUAGUUUCUUUUGCUCUAAAAUAGGAAGGUUAGUUAUCGAAGUGAUGUAAACUCAUUUAAAGAAUUAAUUGAUUUGCUACCUUAUCAUGUAUGAAUUCAUGAUUCAAUUUUUGAAAGCAAUUAUGCUGAUUAUGGUAUGAUUGUAGCUUCUUAUCAAAACCAACUGCAAAGGAUCCUACUAGAAAACAUCACCAUGACCAAUAAUGGGGUGACUUCAGGACCUUUAAUAUCAUUCAGCAAUACUAGCUCCUUCUAUGGGCGAUCAAAAACAUCUUGAUCGUUCAUGAAAAGGGUUUCAUGCUUAGACUUUGUAGAAAUAAUUUUUAGUUUUUUCAAAUCUUUAGAUAACUUUAAGAAUAUACUUAUAAUUUUAUUGAAUUUAGUUUCAGAAUUAAGAUGCCUGAAUAAGAUAUUAGCUUAAGUUUUUAAUAAAAAUAAUUACUAUCAUGCAUCAAAGCACUCUAUAUAAAAUACUUUAUAUAAAAUUUAGCUGCUUAAGUAGGGAUAAUUUCGGUUUUCAAUAAUUUACCAAAAGGGGAUUAAGUAUUCAUCUGAUUAUCUGGCAGACACAAUCUUCAGCAUAACGAGUAGUGAUGGAAAUCUGGUUAAUGCUCUUUUUAAAAAGAGAGAGUUCAUCUUAAGGGAUUCUGUUUUCAAAAAUAAUUAUAUUGGUGGAAAUGGAAUAUACGAUAUCAGCCAGCUAUUCAAUGUGAAUAUCCAUAACUUGACUAUAGAAUCCAACGGAAGCAGAGAUUUACAAAAUAUUAAUACAGUUUUGUGAAGCAAGUACGUGGCUGACGACUCUGUAUACAUGAAUAAGCUCGUAAGCACUCCAAAUAAUAUAGAUUGCCUAGCCCUUUCAUCUGCGACAUCUUGCUAUAAUUAUAAAAUCUCUGAUAGCAGUUUCAAUGAGAAUUUUUGUAAUAACUCGAGCCCUUCUAUAAAUUUUAUACAAACUCAGAACACCACCGUUACAAACUGCAGUUUUGAAGGCAAUAUUGGCUCGUCUCUUAUGGGGAUAUGCAUCCAGUCGACUGGCUCGAACAAAAUGAAAAUAAAAAGUUCAACUUUCACAUAUAACAUUAAUAAUAACACUGAAGGAGUUGGGGUAAUGAGUUUCAAUGGAAGUCUACAAAAUGUUACAAUUGACGAUACUUUGAUGUCAGAUAAUUAUGCUAUCCAUGGAACAGGAGUUUAUUUUCAAGGUUUGAGCUUAGUUUUAAGCGACAUGAUAUUUGACUCAAACAUUGCCUGCUCAGGACUUGGAGCCGUCUACUUUUCACCUUAUACUGGAGCUAAUACUUAUUUCUUGAAAGUUUAUAAUUCCACCUUUAAGAAAAAUAAAAGUCUAGAUGCAAAAGGGGGAGCUAUUUAUUUGAACAGCCUAUUGCAAACACAAGUGCUUUUCAAUUUAACUAUAAAGAACUCUUCCUUCAUAUCCAAUUCAGCUCAAAGUGGAUCCGCAUUAUACAUUGAAAACAGUGUUUCUUUAACAAAGGAUUCACUCCACCCAUCCUUGAUCGAACGGCUCGCCAUCGCUCGAUCAAGGAUAGGGGUUAAAAAAAAUUUUAUAUAUAAAAUAAAAAAAUAUAUAUAUAUAUUUUUUUAUUUACUUUUAAAUAAGAGAGUUAAGAGUAUUUAAUAAUUAUUUUAACAGCAAAAAAUUGAAUUAAUUUCAUAAAAUACCAAUUUUUAAUAUUUUGAUUUAUUAGUUACCCCUUUAAACUGUAUAAAUUUUAAUUUGUUUCUUAUUGAAUUUAAAAUUUUAUUUUUUAAAUUUUAAAGAAUCUCUAUUUUAUUAGAUUAUUGAGUUUUUAGCCUAGGUUGAUGACUAAAUCAUUUCGGAUGGUUGAAUCCAUUACUUUUUGUCGUCUCAAAGUCUCUGAAAACAACUUCAUUAUAUGCAUCUUCCAAAGCUUUUGAUAACUAAUAUAUUUUUAUAUAUAUAAAAUUUGCAUGAUAUGAAAAUCGUUCGAUAAAGGAUGGGGGGAGUCAGUAAUAGAUUCUUGCAAAUUCUCUCAAAAUAACGCAGAAGUUAAAGGCACUAUUGGGAAUUUUUUUGAAAGCGGGAUUCUGACCAUUUCUCACUCCUCAUUCAUCUCUAAUUAUGCUGGGCUAGGAUCUGCUCUGUUUUUUUCGCCUGGAUUAGAAACAAGUGCUAGUGAAUCAAAAAUGAUGAUCGUUUCCAGCAAUUUUACUAAUAAUUCAGGGAAAUAUGUGAUAUGCACUGACGAUAUGGCAAUUUACUCUUAUAUUGAAACAGUUGGCUGCCUUUUUGAAGAUAACGAAGGGCCAGUCCUUUAUCUGAUACAUGAUCACUGGAAAGAUACUAAAUCAACCAUUUCGAGAUCAUUCAACUCUUCAGAGCACUCAGGAGGAGCUCUACAUUUAACCUCAAACUCAACAGCCAGCUGUGAGUCAACCUUUUUUUUCAACAAUACGUCAAGCAAUUUUGCAGGUGCAAUAAGGGCUGAAGGACGCUCCAGCUUUUAUUGUAGCAGCUGCAUAUUUAGUAAAAACACUGCCCAGUAUGGGGGAGUGCUUUAUUUUGAUCAAGAGUCUUUUUUUAAUGUUGAUAAAUCUUCAUUCAGCGAAAAUUGCUGCUCUGAAAAGGGUUCAGCCAUUUAUGUGGUAGGCUCUUCUCAAUCCAGCUCUUUAAGUAACUCCAAGCUUUUCAAAAACCAUGCAGCAGCUGAAGGAUUAAUUGCUUUGCUGACGUCAAAAAUUGACAUUGAUGAUAGCGAGUUUUUUGAUAACACUGCAGAUGGGAUUACUCCAGGCAUCUACUCCACACUUUCUAAAGUAAAUGUGACGAAUUGUAAGUUUAGCGACCAGACAGGUAACUAUGGAAGUUUUGUUUACUUAGCUUCAGACAGCGAAAUAAGAAUUGAGAGCUCAUCUUUCAUGAAUGGGAUAUCUUUGGUAUCAGGUGGAUCUAUCUCUUCACUUUCAAGCUCAAUAAAUGUCAUUGACAGUGUUUUCCAAAACUCAACUUCUGCAUCUGGAAACGCUAUAAUGGGUUUUUCAACAGUUUUGAGUGUUUCUGGAAGCAAAUUUUUAGAUUCCUAUAGUUCAGGAGAUGGAGCAGUUAUAGAUAUUUAUGAUAGUAAAAUCUUCAUUGAAAAAUCCUAUUUCGAAAAUUUCUCUUAUACUGCCAUUGGCGGGAUAAAAAUAAAAUCUGUGGGCAUUACAGGGAGCAGCUUUAUCAACGGGAAGGGUAAGACAGGAGGAGCAUUAAGCUUCACAGCUACUGAAUCCAUAAAUAUUGCUUCAUGCACUUUUAGCAACAAUACAGCAGUCCUAGGAGGAGCUUUAUAUUUUAUUUAUUCUUCUGACUCAGUCAAUAAGCAAACUUACAGUAUAUCUUCAACUGAAUUUUCGAACAACACCUCUUCUUGUGGAGGAGCUAUCUAUGUGGAUAAUGUGAAUAUAGAUAUCAAUUCGUGCAAGUUUACCGAAAAUUCAGUAUAUUCAGCAUCCCAGUCCACAGGUCUGCAUACAUCAGGAAUAGGAGGUGCACUAAACUUAGCAUGCAGUUCCUCAGGGUCAUGCAAUUUUAAUAUUGGCUCAAACAUUUUUUCAGAAAACAAAGCUGUUUAUGAUGGAGGGGCAGUCUGUUGGAGGGAUAAAAUGCCUGUUCUUGAUAGCAAUACUUUCAGCAAUAAUGAAGCUGCUUAUGGAGGUGAUAUUGCUUCUUAUCCUGUAAAUAUUAUCACUCUCAAUCCAAACACAAUUGAAGGAUUGAAAGGGCUAGCAUCUGGACAGCUCACAACGACUCCACUAAUCCUUGCGCUUGUAGACCAUCUGAAUCAAGUAGUGAUCACAGAUAACUAUAGCCAGGCUGAGCUAAUUUCACGUUCUAAAGAUGUAACUCUGUCAGGAAAUAUCAAGGUAACUGCAGUCAAUGGAGUUUUCAAUUUCUCGUCAUUUCUCAUUUCUGCUGAACCAGGAAGUAAUGUUUCAAUUAAAGUGCACACUGACGGGGUGGACUCGUCCAAAAGUGUCAAAGCCAAUGAUGGGCUGACUUAUAAUUCAAGUUUGCUAGUAAGUGUGUCUUUAAGAGAGUGCGCACUAGGAGAAGCAACUAUUGGCAUUAAUUGUGUUGUUUGUCCAGAAGGAUAUUACAGCUUGAAGCCAAAAAGCAACCAAUGUUUGAACUGCCCAGACUCUGCAAUCUGCUAUGGAAAUUAUACGAUUGUGCCGAAGAAAGGAUAUUGAAGAUGUGGCAUGCUUAAUCACGCCAAAUUAAUUAAAUAAAUUUUUGAUUUCGCUCAGUUUUAUUUAUAGGAAGUUAAAAAAAUUGCAAUCAGGUAUUCUAUUUAUAAGUAAUAAAAAAUACUAAUAAUAUUGCAAAUAAAUUUAAAUAAUAUAAAAAAAAUUAAUUUAAAAAAAAAUUUAACUUAAACCAUGUAUCAGAAAAUUUUUGAUAGAGAGGAGUUAGUGACAAAUUUUGAAGUUGCUCUAAUUCAGAUGCCUGCAUAGGCUCUGAUCCUUAUAAAAUCUCUUAUACAGGAGAAUGCGCCACCGGAUAUACUGGAAAUUUGUGCCAGAACUGCGAAAAAGGCUACUCCAAGCAAGCUAAAGAUCACUGCAUUAAGUGCGAUGGAGCCACUCUGAGUAUUUUAAAAACUGUUGGGAUUAUGCUGGCUUUUGUUAUGCUUUGCUGCAUAUUCAUAAGAACCACAAAAAAAUCUGCCUAUAAGCCUAAAUCCCCCCUUUAAAUUGGAACAAAUUACAGUAAAGUUCUAUUUUUUGUCCUUUAACGCCUUUAAUUUGGAAAUGCAAUAGAAUGCUAUUUAAAUAUUUUUCACACUGAAUAGAUUGAUUUUUAUUCAAUUCUUCAUAAAAUCAUUGUGCGUUUAUAUUUUUUUAAAAAAAAAUUAAAUAUGAAAGUACUAUUUUUUAUAAAAUAAUUUUUGAUAUAAUUAAUUGAAAAAGUGCAAAUGGAAUUCUACUUAAUUUAAUAUUCAUAAAAUUAAAUUAAAAUAAAAAGUAUUGUACUCAAUUUAUAUUUUUUUGAGAAAAAUUCAAUAUAAUAUUAUUUUAGGAUUUUUGUUCCAAUUUAAAGGGGGGCUAAAUCGAUGGCAAGUGUCCACUUCAAAAUAUUCAUCAACUAUGUUCAGUUGAUAGCGCUUACAACAACUUUUAAUUUGUCGUGGCCAAAUUAUGUAAAGCAAUUGUUUGCGGUGCAAAACAAUGCAAGCUUUGUAAGUGACCAAGUCUUUUCUUUUGACUGUCUUUUGUAUUCCACUUACGACUUGAAAGGAGACAACGAAGUUUACUAUCAAAAACUGUUUAUUAUGGCUGUGAUCCCAUUUGGCAUCCCAAUUAUCGCAGGGUGCGUAUGAAUCUCGAUAUCCCUACUUAAAAGGAGUAAAUAAAAUAGUGACAUUGGCAGAAGUCUGAAUCUGAGGUGCACUCCCUAUGGAGCAGACUGGGCCCAUCCCAAUAAAGCUGAAAUAGUGCCUAUGCCAUUUUCGUAUAGGGCUUCGGGCUUGAGAUGCCGAAGAGGGAAGUUUUAUUUCUCUUCCCCGAAGGUUACCAGAUGGGCUAUACCGCUUUGCUUCCAGCUUAGUUUUUGUCUAUAGGGACUAAUGGCAUUCACAAGAGGCGGCUCUAGCCUAGGGAGCUACUCCUUAGGCGGGUUUACUUCAGAUAGUCAGGCUAGUGACUAUCUGCGCAUGGCCUUUUAGCAUUUAAUUAAACAUACUGAAAAGAUCUUUCAACCUAUUUAAGGACAAUAUGGCGACCACUUCAAUUAUCUCAAUAUUCUUAAUGCACCCGAGCUUAUUGAAGGCUUAUUUUAGCUCAUUCGAUUGCAAAGAACUUGACUAUGGAAAAUAUUGGCUUGCAGACGAUUUAGAUUUGAGAUGCUGGAACAGCCAGCAUAUUUUCUAUGUAACCGCUGUUUCUGUGCCAGCCAUCCUUCUGUGGGGUAUAGGAGUCCCUACCCUAUGCCUAUUUUUACUAUGGAAAAACAAAAAGAUCUUGACAAAUAUUAAUGUAAGAAUUAAGUACGGAUUUUUGUUCAAUGGCUAUAAAACAAGAAGCUACUAUUGGGAAUUCGUAAUCAUCUACCGGAAAAUCCUUAUUAUUUGUUGCUCACUCCCCUCUUCGUGAGCCAACAUAAUCAUUGGAUAAAUCUUUUUUUAUGGCCAAAAACCCACCUUAUAUGCAAAAAUUUUUUAUAAAAAAAUAUUUUGGCAUAUAAGUGGCAAUUAUAAUAAUGAAAUCUCUACUUAAUUCUAUUAAAUUUUAAACAGAUGGCUUUUUAAAGCAUAAACUUUACAAAAUUAAAUUUAAUUUUUGCUUUCCAAUUUUUGCAAUUUAGAAGAAAAUUUAAUCCCCCUCUGAGAAACAAAAUUUGUUUGUUUCCUCGCGAAGGGGGAGUCAGUAUUUUUAGGCACCAUUUCAGUUAAUAUUCAAGCUCUUACAGCUCUUUUUGUAUUAUUAGCUUGCUUAUACAUGCAAUUAAAAAUUCGGCCGUAUAAUGGAGAUAUUUUAAAUAAACUUGAAGCAAUCUCUAUCACAGUCUCUGCAAUUACGAUUUAUUGUGGGAUGUACUAUUUGACUGGAACCCUUGACUAUUUUACUGAACUUCUUUUUUUCAUUUUAAUAGUUUCGGCCAAUGUCUAUUUUGUGGGUUACUGAAUCCUCAAGGCAGGGCACGCCUGAAUCCACUUGAUAAUUGAAAAAAUUCCAAUCCUUACUCACGUCUAUGAGUAGCUAAAAUUUUUAGAAGGGUUAAAUUUUUUUUUAAUUUUCAAAACUAUUUCAGAGUAAAAAAAUUUAAUUCAUAUUGUAUAUGACUCCCCUAUAUAGUCCAUUAGGCUUUUUUGGGAGAAUUAGCUAGAGAUUUAAUUAUAAUUAUUAUCAUUUAUAUAUUAAAAUAUUUUACCUAUUCUAAUAGAGAUUUAAUUUCCAAAUGGUUUUGCUAUUUCAUAGAGAAGGGAGAGUUAAGAAAAAGUUCCAUAAGUCGACUUAUGAUAUAAUUCAUGAUUCAGCUUUGCGAGAAUCUUAUAAAAGUGGUGGAUUUGAUAUCCCAGAUUCCCCCAAUCGAAGUGUUUUGAAUUCUAAGAAUACUAAUUUCCAAGCUCUCAACAUUAUGGAUUUAUUCUUAGGCUCUCUGAAAAAGCACAAUGAUCUGAAUGGAGGAGGUGGAGCAAAUAUACAUUCAAGCAAUUCAGAGAGAAAUAACCAAAAUGAUGAAAAAUCAAAUGGCAACCAAGUUAUUCAUUUGACUGAACAAUUGCAGUCAAAAAAUUCAAGUGAUUUUGCAGCUUUUAUUAAAAGCUCAUAA